AUGGCCUCUCGUCGCCUCGACAUCUCCUCCCUCCUCUGCGACGACGACCAGCCCGCCUUUUCGCCCCUCGAUGCCCUUGUCCACGCUGCCACAGAGGAGCGCCGCCGCCUCGAUGCCUCCUUGCACCCCCCUCGCCCACCCCACUACGACCGCCAGCAUGAGUAUGACCACCGCGUCCGUGAGGAGCUUGAGCGCCAGCGUCUUUUUGACCGAGAGCGAGAGCGGGAACGAGAGCGAGAACGAGAAAGAGAGCUUGAGCGCGAGAGGGAGCGUGAACGUGAACGGGAACGGGAGCGAGAACGAGAGCAAGAACGAGAACGAGAACGAGAGCAAGAACGAGAGCGAGAGUUGGAAAGAGAGCGUUAUGUUGUCCAGCAGCAGCAAAUGCGCAUACAUCAACAACACCACAUCGAUCUCAUAGCCCGUCAGCAUCGCCAGCAGUCACACCCACCAUCCAUAUCCCAUCUCAUCUCCCAUUCCCCCCCGUCUGUCCCAGUCCCUCUUCCCCAGGUGUCCACCGUCUAUCUCAUCCCCCAAGGUCCCAUCGACUCCCUCGAUGAUCCUCGUCCCAUCAAAAAGCGUCGCUAUUCGGAAUCCCCCACUCGUCCUCUCCCAGACGAUAAGGAGCGUAUCGCCCGCGAGCGGGACAAGAUGUAUGUCGGCGAGCUCGGUUAUGGCCGCGUUGACCCUUCCUCCGCUGGCCCUUCCUAUCCUCCUCCUCCUCCACGUCGUCCCGGUUCCGGUCAUGGUCACACCCAUCUCAGGAAACCCGUCUCGGUAAACGAUCUCCUCGUUGACAAGGAGCCCCCAAGACCCCUCUCCCGCGACACCGAUCACCACAGGGUAGUCAGUCCUCUGGGCAGGCGUUCUCCCCCCGGCAGUCAGAUAGGUAGGGCCAAGGCCGCACGCAAAUCGGACGAGUUCGCGUUCAGGGAACCACCUCCCAUCAUCCACACCCCUCUCGAAUCCGAAGUCAAGAAACCCCUCAAGGACGACUUCAAGGUCAAGCAGGAGCCAAAACCCCGCACAACUCCCUUCCUCGACGAACAUCGCCCAAAGAAGCCUGUCGUCAAACAAGCACCCCCAACCCCAACCCUCCACAAUAAGCCUCAGUCUUCCAAGUCCCAACAAGAUGCUCAUGAAUGGUUUCUGCAGCACUACGAUGAAGAUCUAUCCCCUACUACUUCUAACCGUCCUGAGCCUCCACAUACCCCCUCACCGUCUCUCAGUCCCCUCACACCUGCGCAACCUCACCCUCCACCCCCUCCAGUGUCCGUCAAAACAUUCACCGACUCGGAUAAGCCACUUACCCCUAUCACCUCGGCUGUCGCCACCCUGGAACAAGAGCUGGAGGAACUUGUUUCAGAACCCGCUAUUUCCAACACUUCCACCACCUUGGUCAAAAAGCAGGAACCUGACCUUGACAUGGAUCUCGACGUCGACCUUGCCGUAACCGAACUUGUUGACACUCUGGAGAGCGAUAACGUCAAGCACGAGUCAUCUAACCGCAAGAUGGAGGUCGAUGUUGAGGAUGAGCUACUCAGCCUAGUCCAAGACGAUCGCCCGCCGCCUCCGCCUCCGCCUGCCCCUUCUCGGCGUGCUCCGGGAUCCGCAGGAUCGUCCUCUCACGGCUCGGCAGCGACGCCAUCAACGACGGUCUCCACCCACAAUGCCAAUACAAAGCCGACAUCAACAACAUCCCUCGCUCCGCCACACCGUUCUGUCAGCGAAGCUGCCCGGCAAACUUCUCCACCUGUCAUGUCAACUUCUUCUUCUACGGGCCCUGGCCCUGUCUCCGGCUCUUCUGCUUCCGCCACUGCCCGUCAAACAUCCGCUCGGCCAACCUCUGAGCGCGGGUCCAUGCCUCCGCCUGCUUCCACCUCCAGCGUGGGUGGCUCAGCCAAGAAGUCGACUGAACCAGUAUCCGGUCUGAAAAAGAAAAAGGAAUCUGCUCCAAAGGCCGUUCCCAAAGCCAAAGCUGCCGCUGCUACUUCAACUGCAAAAGGACGGGCUAAACCUGCUGCUAAAUCGAAGAAGGCAACCGCUCCCGAUAAUGGCGCUUCACCCACUCCUUCGGCGGCUGCGGCUGCCCCAGCUCCAUCCAAAGCAGCAAAGACUCUGGCAGGCAGGAAGACUGCGCCAUCGGCUUCCCGCUCACGUUCAGCAUCCGUCAUGCCUGCAGGUAGUGCAUCCGUGGGACCGGAGAGCGAUACAGUCAAACCGGAGAAACAGGAAGAGGAGGAAGAGUCGGAGGAGGAGAACGAGGAUGAUAAAGAUAAACUCUACUGUGUCUGCAAAACCAAGUAUGACGAAGACCGCGUCAUGAUUGCCUGUGAUCGAUGUGAUGAGUGGUAUCACACACAGUGUGUUCACAUGCCGGAUUUAGAGGUGGAUCUUGUCGAUCAGUUUAUAUGUCCACUUUGUGUUGAGAAAAACCCAAAACUUAAUCUCAAAACGACGUACAAACCUCGCUGUCUUUAUGGGCUCCGGCAUCCCGACCCAUCGUCUACCAAGGCAUGCCAUAAAGCGGCUCGCGGCGCUUUCUCCAAGUACUGCUCAGACGAAUGCGGCGUCAAAUACAUGCAGUCGCGCAUCGAUACCUGGGCCAAGAAGGGUGGCAAAACGGAGAAGCUCUGGGAGAGCGUCAAGAACGCGGAGAAGCGCGAGGGUGUAGUUGUGUGUGCUGCCGAGUCUGAUUGUGUAAAGACAGAGACGGCAGACAUCAAGGUUGAGAAACCCGAGGAAGAGGAUAAUCCCAAGCCUAAACAGCAACAGCGUAUUGUCCCCCCGACAAAGAGUAAAGUCGAACAGGAAACGGAUCGGCUCAACGCCCUGCUGGACUCUGUUAUCAAACUUCGGGAAGAGAUCAAGAAGAGUAUGGAGGUUGUUAUAUGGCGUGAGCGGCUAUUGAAGUUGGCUACUGAAAGGGCAGAGGCAGUAGGCCAGUGUGGAUGGGAUCAGCGUCUGUGUUUGGAUGAUGAGGAAUGGGCUGAUAUGGGCGAGGCGGUGCUGGAGAGCUAUGAAGAAACCAAGGCUGACCCUGAUGCCGAAAUGGAAGUGGAUAACGCCGAGGAGCAGUGGUGGUGUCCGGGAAAGGUCGUGUGCGACCGUCAUGCAGGGUGGCAAGCUGUACGUCACAAGGACGUGUGUAAGGAGAGGGAAAAGAAGGAAGAAGCACUGGUCAAACUUACAACACGAGAGCGGGAAAUCCGUAAAAGCAUCGAGGACAUGCUCGAUCCCCAAAACACUAACAACCCAUCCACGGCCACCUCUGCGAAUGCCGGCAAAACGACGGUCGUCAAGGAGGCGGCGCCUAACGCCCCACUCAAAUCGUCUACCAAAGCUGUCAAUGGCCAUCCCAAGCCCAAGGGCGGCGCAGCCGCGGGAGAGACGCUGAAAAAGGGCAAGAAACGCAAAGCCCCCGCGUCUUAA